AUGAGGAGUUGGGGUUCAUGGGUUUCUGAGAUAAGAGCACCAAAUCAGAAAUCAAUAAUAUGGUUAGGAUCUUACUCAACUCCUGAAGCAGCAGCAAGAGCCUAUGAUGCAGCCUUUUUAUGCGUUAAGGGCCCAACUGCAAAUCUAGCGGCGGCUGCCACCAGUACCGGUCCAUCUCCAUCUCCAUCUCCACCACCACCACCAUCUCCAUCUUUAUUCAUCACCAUUAUCACCGGUUUCACCAUCUCAAUCAAUAACUUCAUCUAA